GGCGCCGCCAGGAUGAGUCAGUGGUACAAACUGCAGCAGCUGGACUCCAAGUUCCUGGAACAGGUGCAUCAACUCUACGAUGACUCCUUUCCCAUGGAGAUCCGACAGUAUCUGGCAAUGUGGCUGGAAAGCCAAGACUGGGAACACGCCGCCAGUGACUAUUCCCUGGCCACCUUGCUGUUCCAGAACCUUCUGUCGCAGCUGGACGAUCAGUACAGCCGCUUCACCCAGGAGAACAAUUUUCUCCUGCAGCACAACAUAAGGAAGAGCAAACGAAACUUGCAGAAUACCUUCGAGGAAGAUCCCGUAUUCAUGGCUAUGAUGAUCUCCAGAUGUCUGAGUGACGAAAGGAAAAUCCUGGCUGCUGCUGAGCUGGCAGAUAAGAUGCAGGUGGGAAGCACGCAGAACACCGUCAUGGUGGUACGGCAGAAAGAGCUGGACGGAAAAGUCAAAAGCGUGAAGGACAGCGUCACUGAAAUAGAACAGUUCAUCAAGAAUUUGGAGGAUGCUCAAGAUGAAUAUGACUUCAAGUACAAAACCUUGCAGGUCAGAGAAUACGAGGCCAGUGGCAUGACCCAGGACGACACCGUCAAGGAGAAGAUGCAGCUGCACACGAUGUAUUUGCAGCUCGACAUCAUGAGACAGGAAGUGGUGCACAAGAUCACAGCCUUGCUGACCAUCACAGAACACACGCAAAAUGCUCUGAUCAAUGAAGACCUGGUGGAAUGGAAGCACCGGCAGCAGAUUGCCUGCAUCGGAGGGCCCCCCAACGCAUGCCUUGACCAGCUGCAGAGUUGGUUUACUACCGUAGCGGAGAGCCUUCAGCAAGUUCGGCAGCAGCUCAAAAAACUGGAGGAACUAGAGCAGAAGUACACCUACGAUACCGACCCCAUCACACAGCACAAAAAGGUGCUUCACGAUCGGACGCUGGGCCUCUUCAAGCAACUCAUCCAGUGUUCCUUCGUGGUUGAGAGACAGCCUUGCAUGCCCACACAUCCUCAGAGACCGUUGGUUUUGAAGACUGGAGUGCUGUUUACGGUGAAGCUGAGAUUGCUGGUGAAACUGCAGGAGCUGAAUUACAAAUUAAAAGUGCAGGUCGUAUUUGAUAAAGAUGUGAAUGAGAAGAACACCGUGAAAGGGUUUAGAAAAUUUAACAUCUUGGGGACAAAUACAAAAGUGAUGAACAUGGAGGAGUCGAAUGGCAGUCUGUCAGCAGAAUUCAGACAUCUGCAAUUAAAGGAGCAGAAAAAUGUCUCCAGAACUAAUGAGGGGCCUUUAAUAGUAACCGAAGAACUCCAUUCUCUCUGUUUUGAGACUACGCUGGAACAGGGCGGGCUGAUCAUUGAUCUGGAGACCGCUUCCCUUCCGAUUGUUGUGAUUUCCAAUGUCAGCCAGCUGCCGAGCGGGUGGGCCUCCAUUUUGUGGUACAACAUGCUAUCUAACGAACCCAAGAACUUGUCCUUCUUCCUGAACCCCCCGUGCGCGAGGUGGUGUCAGCUUUCUGAAGUGCUGAGCUGGCAGUUUUCGUCCAUGACCAAAAGGGGACUGAACGCCGAUCAGCUGAACGUUCUGAGUGAGAAACUGCUUGGUGCUAACCCAGGCCCUGACGAAGGCAUCAGCUGGGUCCGAUUCUGUAAGGAAAAUAUGAACAAUAAGAACUUUCCCUUCUGGCUGUGGAUUGAAGGAAUCUUGGAACUCAUUAAGAAGCACCUCCUGUGUCUCUGGAACGAUGGAAGCAUCAUGGGCUUUAUCAGCAAGGAACGCGAGCAGGCCCUCCUGAAGGAUAAGGAGAGCGGGACGUUUCUUCUGCGGUUCAGCGAAAGCAGCAGGGAAGGAGCGAUCACUUUUACCUGGGUAGAAGGACCCCUGGAGGGUAAGCAAAAGGAUUACCACUCGGUGGAACCCUACACGAAGAAGGAGCUCAGCGCCAUAACCGUGCCGGAUAUAAUCCGCAGUUACAAGGUGAUGGCGGCAGAAAACAUUCCCGAAAACCCGCUGAAAUUCCUUUAUCCAGAUAUUCCCAAAGACCAUGCCUUUGGGAAAUACUACUCCCGACCCAAAGACUCUUCUGAGCCUAUGGACGUGGAUCGCAGUGGAAAGCAUUACAUCAAAACUGAAUUAAUCUCUGUGUCUGAAGUGUGA